UCCUCAGUCCUCGCGCAAUUUCCUUCCUUGCUGUUCUCUCUAUAAAAACCCCCACUCCCCUCCCUCUCUCAUUUCAAUUCCUCUGGACUCUGAGUCUGAAUCUCAACCUUUUCAAUUCAACCCUUUCCCUUUUGAAUCCUUCAUUCUUCAGCUAUGCCACUCCAAGCUCUCAAUUCCCCCUUCCAUUUCCAUGACGUCCCCUUCCUCCACCCCCUCAAGCCCUGGGCCAAGCGCAAGCGUUCCCGCCGCCCACCUCUUCACGCUUCUCCUUCCGAAGAAGAGUAUCUUGCUCUCUGUCUCAUCAUGCUCGCCCGCGGCGACCCCCGUUCCCUGCUUGAGCCUGCCGUCGCCACCAAGUCCGCCUUCAAGUGUCCUCUUUGCGACAAGGUCUUUUCCUCUUACCAGGCUCUGGGUGGUCACAAGACUAGCCACCGGAAACCGGCUGCUUGUGACGACCAGUGCAUGUCGAUCUCCAGUGCUACGUCCACCAUCUCUAACUCUGGUGGAAGGGCACAUGUCCGUAAUGUUUGUCACAAGUCGCUCCCCACCGGCCAGGCCUUGGGUCGCCACAAGCGCUGCUACUACGAAGAUGGUGCCGACGCCACUGCGAAUCGCCAGAGCUACAACGGGAUGACGUUGACAUCGUCGGAGGAAGUAGGUUCGACCCACAUCGUCAGCCAUAGCCACCGAAACUUCGACCUGAACAUCCCGGCGUUGCCGAUUCUGUUGCCGAAGCCUUCCUUCCCUGGCGACGAGGAGGUGGAGAGUCCUCUGCCGAUGAAGAAGCCUCGGUUUCUCUGGCUGCCGGAACCGGAGAUCUCGCUGAAUUUGGACGAUCCUUUCCCGGAUUGGGGAAGAGGGAUUAGAAUCAAAAUUCAAAAUUAGUUUCAGUUUUCUUUGUAUAAAAUUAAUUUAGCCGAUUCUUGGGGAUCUAGAAAGAGGGAUACAGAAUAUUCAAUUAAUUCUUUCCUUUUCUUCUUUUUUUUUUUUCCCUCAAAGCCAUUGUUUUGAUUUCAAUUGGGAAAAUUGUAUGCAUGCUCACUCAUAGUUCUUGAA